GAUGAUGAUGAAGAUAAUGAAGAUGAUGAGGAAGACGAAUGAAAGAAGCAAUGGCUCGAAGAAGAAAGUUAAAUAUUCGACAUCGAGCAAGUGAUAAUGAAGGAAUUCAGUCUACUUCUAAUAAUACAAACUCAACCAAUGUAGAAGGAAGUAAUGUUGCAGAAACGCGUUCUAGUCCUUGUCAUGCAGAAGGUGUCAUACGUGAGUCUGUAGAAUCUCACUCAAUUCCCUCUGAUAUAGAAGUUGAAGAAGAACAAAUUGAAAAAGAAGUAGAGCCUAAACGGGCUAGAGGUCCUACAAAAAUGUUAGAUGUAUGGGAAAUGGAACAUGGUGAUUUAAUAAUCGUUAAUUUGGACAAAUAUGGUCGACCCAUUGGUGAGGAAGGGACAACUCUAACUCGUUUCAUUGGUAGCGUAGCUAGAAGGUAUCAAUAUGCUCCUAUCAACUACAAGUCAUGGAAAGUUAUGCCAAAUGAUUACAAAGAAGAAAUGUUGAAAUUAAUAGAGAAAAUAAGUAAAAUUAAUAGGCAAAAUCGUGCUAAGUUUGAAGAUGUUCAUUGUAUGGGUUCAAAAAGUCUCCCAAAGUUUAUUGAUGAGAAGAUAAAAAAGGGCAAAGGAGUGUUGCCUGGACGUAAAGAGAUUUACAUUGAUACCCGCACUCGUAAAGAUGGAACAAUUGUCAAUGAAAAGGCUGCAAGAUUGAUUGUUCCUGAUGCUACUAGUGCUCAAAACCAUUUGAAUUCACUUAGUCCAAACAACAACGAAAAUAAUGAAAAUGGUGAAGAUUAAAAGCUAAUUUGUUGUUGAAGAUGUAAUAUUGGCAAUUUAGUGGACUCAAUUUCUUAAUAUUUUUUGAGAUUGUUAUGUAUGACACAAGAUGUCUAUUUUAAAUGU